AUGUCUACCAAAACACACACUCCAACCGUUUUAUGGGCUCAACGUUCAAGUGAUUCAGAGGCCGAUAAAAAUGUCAUUCUUUUGACUGUUGAAAUAACAGACCCUAAAGAUUUACACAUUGACUUGAAGCCAACUUACCUCACUGUUAAAGCUGACUCAUCGUCUUACAAAGAUACUCACUACGACUUAAAGAUUGAUUUGUACGAUGAAAUAGAUCCAGAGAAAUCAAAAAUUAAUACCGAAAAUGGCGCCCACUUGUUCUUUGUAUUGGCUAAAAAGAAGUUGCAAGAAGAAUACUGGCCAAGAUUGACCAAGGAGAAAUUGAAGUACCACUACAUCAAGACCGAUUUCGACAAGUGGGUUGAUGAAGACGAGCAAGAUGAAGUGAAGGAAGACGAUGCAAACAUGAUGGGUGGAAUGGGAGGCAUGCCAGGAAUGGGCGGCCCAGGAGGACCAGGAGGACCAGGAGGACCAGGAGGAAUGGGAGGAAUGGACUUUUCCCAGCUCUUGGGUGGCAUGGGUGGAGGGGCAGGUGGAACUCCAGAUUUGAGUGCUUUAGCCAGUCAGUUGGGUCAAGCUGGUGGAGGACCAGGCGGAAUCGACUUCAGCUCAUUGGCUUCAGAUGUAGGUGAAGAGGACCAAGGUGGAGUUGAACGCAGUGAAGUGCAAAUAGAUGCCAAUACUGAAGGAAAUGACAACGAGGCGGAGGAGGAUGUCAAGAAAGUUGACUGA